AUGGAACAAAGUAAAAAAAAUGUGGAAUCUAAAAAAAAAGAUUUAAUUUUAUCAAAAAAUCAUUUAAUAUCAAAAUUGGAUAGGUUGGCUAAUUCCUCAGUAAAUAGUGUAUAUAGUAAAAAUUUAUUAGUUGGAAGAAAAUCAAAAAAAACAAGAAUGUUUUUUAGUAAUAAAAAAGAUAAUGGACAUAUUGAGUGUGAUAUUGAGGAACAAACAUAUUUUCAUGGUCUUUUGCCUCGAAAAUAUAUAGGAAGCAAUUUUAAAAAUCCAGGUGAUUAUUUAAUAUUGUUAAAAUAUAGAGGAACAGAACCACGUUAUUUUUUGGAAUUAUUAGAUGGUGAUAUAUUGGUUAAAAGAAUUGAAAUAGUUAAAGAAAAUGGUUAUUAUUAUUUAAGUAUUUCUGGUGACAAUUUAAAAUCAUUUUCAUCUAUACCAUCAUUAGUUAAAUAUUAUCAUCGAAAUCAAAUACCUGGAUAUAUAUGUUUGAAAAAUCCUAUUCAACGUCCCAAAACUUUUUAUUGUCAUUCUUAUGUAAAAUAUAACAAAAAUGAUGAUUUAAUUGGAAAAGGAAGUUUUUCUACAAUAUAUAAAGGAAUUAUAAAUGAAGGUCCUCAUAAAGGUACACCAACAAUUAUAAAAUUUUUAGAUCAUGGAAAAAAAGAGACAGACAAAGAAUAUUUUAAAACUAUUAAAAAAACUUAUAAAUAUUUAAUUAAAGAAGCUUCAAUAUUAUUUGAAACAAAUGAUAAGAAUAUUUUAACUUUUUAUGGUAUAUGUAUAGAUAAUCUUCCAAUUGCUUUAUUAAUAGAGUAUUGUCCUGAAGGUACUUUAGAAUCACAUUUAAAAAAAGAGAAAAAUAAUAUUUGUAUAGGUGAAUUAUUAUAUUAUUGUUAUGAUAUUGUAAAAGGAAUGAAACAUUUAUCUAUGCUUAAAAUUGUUCACAAAAACUUAACACCAUCUAGUAUUUUUAUAUCAAAUAAUGGUUAUUUAAAAAUUGGUUCUUUUAGUAAAGCAAGUGAAUAUGGUUGUAAUGAUACAAUGCCAACAGAAAUAGAAUUAAGAUAUCAACCUCCAGAAUAUAUGUUAAACAAAAAUAUUGAAUUAAAUGAAAGUACUGAUAUUUGGUCAUAUGGUAUUACUGUAUUUCAAAUUUUUAAUAAUGGUUUACUUCCAUUACAAGAGAUAAAUGAUGAACAAUUUAAAGAAAGAAUUCUUCAAAAUAAUUUUUUUUCAUUUCCAAAAAAAUGCCCUGAUACAUUGUCUUUCGGUAUGAAAAAAGGUAUAUUUAUUUCACAACCAACAAAUAGAUUCACUUUUUGUAAUAUUGAAGAAUUAUUAGAAGUAAUCUUAAAAAGAACUGAUCUUUAUCCAUUACCAAAACCAAAUGAAACUUCUCUUUCAAAAAAAGGUAUUUCAAGAUCCUUCAUUUUAUUGUAA